CUCGCGAUAGAUCUCGUUCGGAUGGCAGGCGAAUACGUCAGGAGCGAUCGCGCGAUAGACGCUCACGUGGAAGACCAUCUCGUAGCAAAUCACGCGAUCGAAAUAAGAGCCGUAGUCGUCGCGUUCGUAAUACUCGUUCACGAUCUACAACUCCUUCAAUGUCGCGGCUGUAUCGACGAUCUAUAGAUACCAUAGUGACACGGCUCAAUGCUUUAGAGAAUAGGUCGGUCGUAGAUAAUACGCCUGCUCCCCCACCUGCUGUAACCAUGGAUGGUACUGCUGAUAAAAUUGUGGAGGCUAUACAUUCGCUGAAAACCGAUAACUCGCGUUCGUAUUACGUUUCAAAUUUCGACCCCAGCAUCCAUGAUGUGGAUGUAUGGUUUGGUGAAGUUGACAGGGCCAAACUUAAUAAUAGAUGGGAUGAUUACGAAUGUGUAUCGAGAAUCGGAAAUUGUUUGAAGGGUGAUGCCAGGGUUUGGCUUGACAUGUGGGUGGUUAAUGACCGUUCUUGGACCAAUUUCAAAAAUGAUUUCAAGCCAUUAUGUGCCAGGCGAGUUGAUAUGGCAAGUAUUUUAUACGAAGUCAUGUCAACAGAUUCGGAUCAUUAUCAGACGUAUGCAGAAUAUGCGCGUCGUUCGUUGCUCCGAUUACGCAUAGUAAAGGGUUUGAGUGACGAACUGAUAUCGUCUAUAGUGAUCCGUGGCAUUAGGGACCCUCAUGUUAAGGCUUCGGCUGUAAACGCGAAUUUACUACCAAAUGAUUUGGUAAAUUAUUUGGCUACUUUUAUUAAAUUACCCUCGAAAGAUAGACAAAAUUCUCGUCCCGUUGGUUACGGUAACCCAUUAAAUUUUAACAAUAAACCGAAUAACAAUUUAAAACGCCCAUUUGCAAAGCCACACGUCCCUGUCAAAUGUUAUAUAUGCGGAGAAACCGGUCAUAAACAAGUGGAAUGUACGAAAAAACGUAAAAUUGAUCAUUCUCGCACGGGUCCCUCGACAGAAGUAAACAAAUCUUCAAGUGCUCCAAAAUCGAGUUCUAAUGUGGUAUGCGCUUACUGUAAGAAGGACGGGCAUCAUAUAAGUGUUUGUUUCGCAAAACAACGGUCGGACGCCAACAAGCAAACAAAUGUAAAUUUUUGUUCCACCGUCAAUCCACAUCAAUCCAAAGAUAUUGUGGUAGGAAUAGUACAGGGCAUACCGGUUGACAUAUUGAUUGAUAGUGGGGCUAUAAACGCAUCACUUAUUUCGUCAUCUGUAGUUAAACAUCUCUCGUGUGCUCACAAAUUUACAUAUCGCGAAAUAAAAGGAGUUAGUGCCUCACCUAUCACUAUCACGUCGUAUAUUACCGUGACUAUCGAACUGGAGGACAUUUCUAUCGAGGCGGACCUCUUAAUAGUGCCCGAUGAAUACAUGAACGCACCACUCAUUAUAGGGACGGAUGUUUUGAAUAGAGAGGGUAUAAAAUUUGUCAGGACUAGGGAUUCGCAGCGUUUGAUUUACGAAUAUAAUCCGGCUACUGUAUCUGCCGUCAAACCAAUCUCGAUUGAUGGAAUAAACACAUCUUUGACUGUGAAUACUCCACCCGAGAACCGCGAGGCGCUGCGAGAGCUCUCUAGGCAAAGGACCACCGAGCGGCUAGAGAGGAACCGGACUGAGCAGGAUGCGCGGGUCAACGAGGGCCGGCAACCACCCAGAGUCUACAACAAGGAUGACCUGGUGUUUGUCGUGAAGUACGCGCAGUCCAAGGGCAAGCUGGAUCCGGGCAUGCGGGGACCAUAUCGUGUGCUGCGUGUUUUGGACAAUGGGCGCUAUGAGCUCAAGUUGCUUGCCGGAGCUUAUGGGAAAAGUACCUAUGCUGCCGCUCAGUUCAUGAUACCCUGGCGUGGUGAAUGGACUCCUGAGACGUGUGAAGCCUUUUUUGGAGGUACUGAGGAGACAGAGAUUGUUACAGAGUCUCGACCAGGCCCCUCUACUGGGUCUGAUACAGGAGCUGAAGGACUAGGAAGACUGGAGCCUGACGAAGGACUUCAACCUGGUCCAUCUUCAAGGUCCAUGCCGCUGCUCGAUGACCCCGAAAUAGAGCCGUUCCCUACGCCUGACGAGGACGUCAGGGAGUCAGGAGUGGCCGUAUCAGCGAAUUUCCCCGUCAGUGUACCGGUGGACGGUGACGUCAGUGACCAGUCUGCAUAAAUACGAUUCCCCUCUACGCUGCCGCCUCUUUCGCUUACUCGACUUCGUACCGAACGGACGUGUUGCGCCGCGCGUUAUUUGUCUUACUUAUUUCUCUUUAUAUAUCGAAUUGUUUUGCUAGUAGUUUCGUAUUGUUCGUUAGUUAUUUUUGUUUUCGUAUUUUUAAAUUAAUUAAUUGUUAUUAAA